GAUGGGUGUAGAUCACAUCAGGGCAUCUACGGUGAAAGGCCAGCCAGCUGUGCAUUUGAGAGAAAAAGACACUGCUGGACGAGAAUCUGUGUUUCUUUGGGCUUUGCGGGAAAGCUCAGUAUGAAGUUUGAGGAUAUCUUAGCAGAGAUCGGUGGCUUUGGACGCUUCCAAAAGCUGAUCGUUUUUCUAAGCUUUGUCAGCCGAUUGACCCUUCCGUGUCACUUCUUGCUCAACAACUACAUUGGUGCCAUCCCGUCCCACCACUGUGACAUCAGUUUUCUGGAUGCUGAAGGUGUUUUCGGGAAUUUGACUCAGGAGGAGAAACUGACUGUCAGUAUUCCAAAAAACGAAGAUGGGAUUUUUGCUUCCUGUCACAUGUUCGCUGAACCUCAGUUUCAGCUACUGGAUACCAAAUCAAACUUCACAAACGUGCCACUGAUUCAGUGUCCAAACGGAUGGGAAUAUGACAACAGCACUUUCAUUAGUACUCUUUCCACACAGUGGGAUCUGGUGUGUGAGAAGAGGGGGAUGACUAAAGCAGUAGCAACCAUCUUCUUCGUUGGAGUCAUGUUUGGAGCAGCUAUAUUUGGAAGCUUAAGUGAUAGAUAUGGUCGUAGGGUGAUGCUCCUGGUGUCAUACAUUGCAGGGAUGACCUUUGCAGUGGCCAGUAUUUUCUCCUCCUCCUUCACCAUGUUUGCAGUACUGAGGUUUUUCACUGGCCUAGGCAUCACUGGCAUUGUCAUCAUCACCAGUGUACUCAGUGUGGAGUGGGUGGACAUUGAGAGCAGAAAGAUGGUGCUGGUGAUCGACAGCUUGAGCUGGUCAUUUGGCUACAUGGUGCUCCCUAUCUUUGCGUACGGCAUAAGAGACUGGAAGUGGCUGACGAUCACUGUCACCUCACCUCUCAUCAUUGCCAUAAUCUCCUGGAGAUGGUUUCCAGAGUCGUCUCGGUGGCUAAUAGCUACCGGAAAGGCAGAGAAAGCUCAUUUUUACAUGAAGAGAUGUGCUGUCAUGAACAAAAGAAAAGCAGCCACCUCCAGCUUGAAACCAGAGGUUCUAUCGCAUAUAGUUUCAGAAAAAGGACACAAGAACUACUCAUAUUUGGAUCUCAUGAGGACUCCUAAAAUGAGGAGGCUGGCUUUUCUGACUGGCUUUACCUGGUAUGGGGUCGCCUCCACAUACUAUGGCAUCAGCUUUAAUAUCAAAGGCUUUGGGCUGGACCUUUACCUAACCCAGUUCCUGUUUGGAUUUGUGGAAUUACCUACUAAGAUCUUAGUGUACUACCUGCUCGACCGGAUUGGACGCCACAAAACGGAGGUUGGAGCGCUGCUGCUGGUCGGAUCCUGUUUGCUUGUAAACGUUUUUAUAAGCAAAGACCAAUGGAUAAUCCGCACAGUGAUAGGAGUGCUGGGUAAAGCCUUUGCCUCUAUGUCCUUUUCAACGCUUGUACUAUACAGCUCUGAACUGUACCCAACUGUCAUCAGGCAGAAUGGGAUGGGCUAUAACUCCUUCUUGGGUAGAAUGGGUGUGGCACUAGCCCCAAUGAUCAUCCUAUUGGACGAAGUAUGGGGUCACCUGUCCCAGGUGAUAUUGUGUGCCAUUGCACUGAUCACUGCAUUGGUCGCUUAUCAGCUACCUGAGACACGGGGGACGUAUCUGCCUGAGACUAUAGAGGACAUCGAAGGGAGCAGGAUGGACCAAUUUGUAACCCUAAUGCAUGUGAAGGGAAAAGAGGAAGAAGAAAAUGAGAAAUGAGAAGACGGAAGUCACAUCACAUCAAACUUUACAUAUUUCUAAAUGAUCAGCUAUUUCCAUUUGUCCCUUAUUUUUGUAUUUAUGUUUAUUAGCACCAAUUAGAACUGAAUAAACAUGCAGAUUCACUGGA